CCCACCGCGCAGUUGGAUUCAGUUACAGUGAGCGCCAGGAUGGCAACAUAAAAAAAAAAUCUAAUGGAACAACUGAGACGGGAGAACGCUGUGAGGUUUUUACGACGUGCGAAUAGCAAGCCAUAGAAACAACCUCGACAGGAAAAAAAAAAGAAAAAAGAGAGAGAAAAUCAAGAUGCGAGGCAGCGCGAAGGCAUCCGGGGGUCAAGUUCACGCGGCAGCGGAUGCGCGCCGGCUCCAGGAGCAGCUGGCCGGCUGGAUGAAGUGAGACUGGGCGCGCAGCGGUAGCAGCGUGCCACGGCGCGGCCACGCAUUUCGGAUCGGACCUCGGUGGGAAUCAUUUCUGGGGACAAAACAACUCGGCCACCUCGUCCCUCCCCCUCCCCCUCUCACGGCACAUCAAUGAGGAAUGUGACUGUGUCUGUUUCUGUCCAGACGGGCUUGAUGAAGCCCUCGGCGGUGUCAUGCGUCUUGCCCCGCAGCCAGCAAGCGCGCAACCCCUGCAGCUCGUAGUGUUCCUCGCGCUCCUCCUGGGCGCCGGGGUCGUGCCGUCCCCGGUCAUCUCCGCCGGCUGCCCGGACAGGUGCGUGUGCGACGACCAGCUGGUGGUCCAGUGCGCCGGGCAGCACCUGGUCGCCUUCCCGGCCGACCUGCCGCUGGCCACGCGGCAGCUCAUCAUCUCCAACAACCGCAUCGCGGAGCUGCCGCCGCUGGCGCUCAACUACCUAUCCGACCUGGUCUACCUGGACUGCAGCAACAACUCCCUGACCGAGGUGUCCGAGUCCACCUUCGGGAACCUGCGCAAGCUGGCCUACCUGGACCUCUCCUUCAACACCUUGCGCCGGAUCGAGGACCGGACGUUCGGGCCGCUGGCCAGCCUGGUGAUGCUGAGGAUGACGGACAACCCGGGGCUCUCCGACAUCCACCCGGACGCCUUUUCGGAGAACGAGGCGCUGCAGGUGCUCGACGUGAGCCGGAACAACCUGACGGCGCUCAACAUCACGUCGCUGCUCGCGCUGGCCGCCCUGCGCUCCGUGGGGCUCGGCGGGAACCCGUGGAGCUGCCAGUGCGACAACGAGGACCUCUGCCUGUGGGUCCACCUGGAGACCUUCAAGUUCCAAGAUGAGGGCCGGACAGUGUGUGGUUCACCGGCUGACAUGCAAGGUCGGCGUCUGAGUGAGGUGGGCAUCCAGCUGCGGACGUUAUGUCACCAGACACUGGACUCCUGGGACUACUUUUUCUUCGUUGUCAUCGGCUUCGUCAUCUUCGCCGCCGGGACGGUGUCGGCGUGGCUGAUGGGCGUCGUCAUGGUGCUGUACGAGCGCUACAUCAAGAAGAAGGACGAUCAGCUCGAACUGGAGAACGAGGAGGAAGGUAUUGAGACGGUUGGUGCAUCCAGAGGCAGAACAGAGCGGGGCAACAGGAGCUUAAAAACGUCACAUACUGUUUGAAAGAAUCUGUCCACCAUGGAUUCUCGCAGUGCCUCCUGUAACUCUCCUCUACAGCUGUCUGUGAAGUCUGACAUUAAAUCAAAUCUGAGUCUUGGCUUGCAAACAGAAAAUGGAUAAGGAAUGUGUUUCUAAUCAUUUGUAGGGCGCUUUCCGGGGAUGAAACAGGUUUUUAUUUUUUUUUAAGUCUCCAUGCUGGAGGUCCCCAUAGCUGGGUGAUACUUAAACCAUAUAUGCAAAUGUAUGAAUCUGUAUGUUGUAUAAUUCUGUGUUGUGUUUGAGUGGAUUUGUUGAGCAGAAAGGAAGUGAGUUGGUAAAACUGGUAUUAAUAGACCAGUUUGGUGUUUCUAUAAGGCAUCCAGCUUAUUUCAGCUUAUUUUAUAUUUCAGACUUUUGGCCUCAAAAGUCUUCUGAACUAGUUUUACAUUACUGUUUUUUUUAAUGAUGCUAAUAAUCUCCUAUAUCUUUAAGGAAUCUUCUGUUUCCAAAAGGCGCAGUCUGACUUGAAAGGACUGUAUAACGGGAUAGUUCAGGAUGUUUGGAUUGAGUUUAGGCUGAAACGUUAUCAGCAAUUUAUAUCUUUGCGUCUUCAUUUCACAUCAGUCCAGAUUAGCUGGUUUUGUCGUUAGCUAAUUGAUGCUACCAACAAUCCAGAAUAGGCCCAAGGCUCAAAUAGACUUUUACAGACCGAAAACAACUCCCAAUUUCAAAACGUCAUAUCAGUUUAUGAACAAAUUUCUGCUUUAGAAGAAACACAGAAAAUGGUGGCCAGAGGCAGCGCAUCCCUGAUUAUCUUCCUGCGUGAAACGCGAUGAGGCUAGAUCAACAAAGUGUUUGAGGUCAGAUUAACAGUCAGAAAGGAAAGAAAUGCAGUGUAACAGUCAUACAGUGGCAUUUAGUCAAGCUGCUUUAUUGUGCUACAUAAUAUAAUGUUACUAUCUGCCAUUUUCAUAGCUUUACCUUCAAGUGUUAAAUCACAGUUAUGAUUUGUAAUUGUUUCAAACAGUAAAAAUCCAGUAUGAAACUAGGUAGCGGUGCUACCUAGUCCCAUUGUCUUCUUCUCUAACUUAUUAUUGCAACUUUGUGUAUAAAAAACAAACAUUGUGGCUUAAGUCAUUUUUAAUUAAUAGACAUUUACGUAAUUACUUUUAUGUAAAAAUUGCCAUUUGAAACUUAUUACAUUUGAGAAGGAAGAUUAUUAGUGACGCACCGCCUCCAACCUCCAUAUCUGCUGAAAUAGUCACAGGUUUGUCUGUAAAUAUCCAUCCAUUCAAACCUGAAAAUGGUGUAAAAGGUUAUAAGAUAAAUUUCAGGUAAACAUUUCAGAUUGGAGUUUAGGAUUAUGUGGUUGUGGCGGCUCUCAGAUUUAGCCAUGUAGCUUCGAAAUCUGGUCCAACAAAUCUGGAUUUUAAUCAGUUGAAGACGUCGAGACGUACUGAGUCUGUACUGCAGGUAAGACAUUAGCUGCUGAUAAUGUUCUUUUAGUAUCUCACAUCAAAAGUCCUGAACGAUCACUUUCGUUUGAUUUGAUGUAAAAGCCUGGAAGGUUGUUGGUGAUGCAUGAAAGACAGGAAGAAAAGCCUAAACUACCAAUGAAAUCUUUGAAUAUGGACUUCCAUAUGAGGAACUUUACAUACUUCAGUCUCUGCACGCUGUAACUUUUUACAUAGUCUAAAAGCAAUACAAGUAACUGUGAUGGGAAGCACUGAAAGGUUUAGUUCCCCCGGAGGUGACACACACGCUAAUAACCUAUGUUUUGGUCUGUCUGCAAACAUGUUUGAUACCACAAAAUUUACUCUGAUUAGCAUAAUGCGAGUUGUAAAGUUUUAAUAAAAAGUAAAGGUCUUUUUUUAUAUAUAUACUGAAAUGUUUGCCUUACUCAUAAUUCAUUGUUUGCUGACCAUCUUGUCCCGUGAGGAAUAAGAAAGGAAUAUUAUGAGGUGGAAAUCUACUGGAUUUCUUGUAAAUAGAACAAGUAAGAUUCCUUUGUUACUGUCAUUUGUGCAGGAUGUUUCAAGCAGGCCAGAUUUUGAGUUGAAUCGGCCACGGACAAAUUUGUCCGUUCAAAUAAUGGAACUGAAUGACUUUAAAUUGUUUGUUUAAAGUCAAGCCAGCUAAUUUUGUUUUUAAUUGUAAGCUAGCAAGAUGGAAAACCAACAGAAGUGAUGGGAAAUGGCUUGUUCUCUGUAAAAUUACUCUUUCAUUUCUGCCAUGUUUCGUAGAUCAAAACUCGAAUCUCGGAAUGACGGCGCGUCAGACUCUCCUCAACAUUGGUCCACUUUGUCAAAACAAUGGAAACAAUGUGAUGCUUGCUAGCUAGCAUCAGCAAUUCAAGAAAAAUGACGUGUUCCUCAGCAUUUUUUACAUUCAAACAUUAAAGGAACAUGUUCACAAAUAAAUGUUACUCUUGAUAAGUCGAUUUAGCAAGAUGCUAUCAAAAGUACGACUGAACAACUCGGUGUGGCUGCUAUCAUGGUGCCUGGCAGCCAUAUUGGAUCUGAGGCUGUGAUUGGUGAAAACCCCCCAAAUUUAUAACUCGAAAAUGUCAAAUUCACGGAACAAAUGGAACACAUUAUUUGUAAGGAGAGAUGUGCAUGGAGCUGAUCUUCAAACUAAGUAAAAAUUUCCCAGCCACAUUUGUAAUUUAAGUACAAAUACAAGAAGCUGUUCUUCCAUUGAGCUGACAAGAGUUUGUCAAGAUUUCUGAGAUGUAGUCGCCAAAUAGUCGCAGUUCUCUUGCUAAAGUUGCUAAAGUAAGCAUUUAACACUGGACCUGGAAGGCACUUUAAAUAUCCAAAAUAAAUAAGCAGAAUGACAAAAUUAAUUAUGAGGCCUCCGCGAACAAAACUGCCCUUCAAAAAACAGGGCUAGCUGAGACCAAAGCACCAGACUGAAGACUUUUAUCAUCCAGCUUUUGAUAGAAAGAG